AUGAAACCGUCGCAUCUCAAACGGCAUCUUAAAACCAAACACGGGAAACAUAACGACAAACCAGUGGAAUUUUUUUUACGAAAACGUGAAGAACUGAAGCAGUCAAAGUCCAUCAUUCAAUCCUGUGGAACACCUGUAGCCAAAGCACAGGAGGCUUCAUAUCGUGCCAGCCUCAGGAUCGCCAGAGCCGCUCAGGAGGAUAUUCUGUUCUGUCAGUCACUUGAAACCAGAACUACGGCAGAGCACAUAUUCCAGCUACUGAACGCGUUUAUCCAUGAGAAUGGACUGGACUGGAAAAAGUGUGUGGGGGUGUGUACAGACGGCGCGAGGGCUAUGACGGGUCGUAACAGCGGGGUAGCCACUCGCAUCAGAGAGGUGGCACCUGAGAUGCGCUGGACUCACUGCAGUAUCCACCGUGAGGCACUGGCAGUGAAGAAGAUGCCUGAUGACCUGAAGUCUGUGCUGGACUCUGCUGUAAAAACUGUGAACUUCAUAAAGUCCAGACCGAUGAAUGCUCGCUUAUUUCAUGUGCUCUGCGAGGAGAUGGGUAGUGAGCAUGUCCAACUCUUGCUUCAUACUGAACUCUUCGGCUCCACGCCCCGGCCCCGGCUCCACGUCCCGGCCCCGGCUCCACGUCCCGGCCCCGGCUCCACUUCCCGGCCCCGGCUCCACGUCCCGGCCCCGGCUCCGCGUCCCGGCCCCGGCUCCACGUCCCGGCCCCGGCUCCACGUCCCGGCCCCGGCUCCACGUCCCGGCCCCGGCUCCACGUCCCGGCUCCACGUCCCGGCCCCGGAUUCACGUCCCGGCCCCGGCUCCACCUCUUCGGCUCCACGCCCCGGCCCCGGCUCCACGUCCCGGCCCCGGCCCCGGCUCCACGUCCCGGCCCCGGCUCCACUUCCCGGCCCCGGCUCCACGUCCCGGCCCCGGCUCCGCGUCCCGGCCCCGGCUCCGCGUCCCGGCCCCGGCUCCACGUCCCGGCCCCGGCUCCACGUCCCGGCCCCGGCUCCACGUCCCGGCUCCACGUCCCGGCCCCGGAUUCACGUCCCGGCCCCGGCUCCACGUCCCGGCCCCGGCUUCACCCACGACUCCGUGAAGCUGAUCAAGUUUGCGGAUGACACCACCCUCAUUGGACUCAUCUCCAACAACGAUGAGUCCGCCUACAGGAGGGAGGUGGACCGGCUGGUGUCCUGGUGCUGUGGUAACAACAUGGAGCUGAACGCCCAGAAGACAGUGGAGAUGAUUGUGGACUUCAGGAAGAGCACUGUCCCCCCGCCCCCACCCUCCGUGAUGGACUCCCCCAUCACCUCUGUGGAGUCCUUCCGUUUUCUGGGCACCACCAUCACCCAGGACCUCAAGUGGGAGCCGACCAUCAGCUCCCUCAUCAAGAAGGCCCAGCAGAGGAUGUACUUCCUGCGGCAGCUCAGGAAAGCCAAGCUGCCUGUACAGAUGUUGGUGCAGUUCUACACGGCCAUCCUCACCUCCUCCAUCACCUCCUCCAUCACCUCCUCCAUCACCGUGUGGUUCGCUGGAGCCACAGUCAGGGACAAACAGAGACUACAGCGCAUUGUGCGCUCUGCAGAGGAAGUGAUCGGCCGCAGCCUUCCAUCGCUGCAGGACCUGGACUCAUGCCUAUUAGCCCAUUACGGAGUCCUGGCUUACGGACAGGACCAACAACCAAUUUUGGCGUUGGAUAACUUCGGGAACCCCAUCCGACUCGGCUGUUUACCAGCUGCCACUGGGAAAUACCAGGCGGGGGGUGGCCUCUAG